AUGUAUGGCGACUUCCAAGACAUCCCUUUAAGGAUGGAGUUAUCAUGGUAUCCAUGUUUCGACAAAUUCCAAUGUGCAAAACUCUGGGUUCCUAUAGACCACAAUUCAGGUUUGGCGCCGUCAAGUUAUGAUGGUCCUGCAGUCGAGAUGGCAUUGAUAAUGCUGCCUGGCAUAGGUCAUGUACAGAACAACAAUUACUCGGAAUCUCCAUUGAUCCUGAAUCCGGGUGGCUGGGGCGGUAGCGGCGUGGACAUGGUACGACAAAUUGGACAAGCUAUGAGGAGAGUCGUUGGCGAAGACCGAGACAUUGUGUCGUAUGACCCACGAGGCGUAGGCUUUACUAAAUCGACGGCUGAUUGUUAUACCUACUCGUCCAUCAAAGAUCCGAUCGAUCAAUUCGACGUGAUCCGCGGUCAAUUCAACAGAGGUCAGUAUGCCGUGGUCCAGGAAAGUUUUGGUCUAGUGAACGCAAGCGAAGGCGCUUUGAGGCAACAGGAUUAUGCCAAUCGUGCCGUGUCGCAGCUCUGCAAACGAAAGGACGAUCUCGAAGGUGAAGAUAGUAUUCUGCGGUACCUCGACUCACAAACUACUGCAAGGGACUUGCUGUGGCUUGCCGACGCUUGGGUUACAUGGUGCGGCAAGCACUGCGCAGCCGCGAAAGCUGCCCCAGCUGUGGCAAAGACAUCGACGAGACCAGGCCUCUCUUAUCUCGGGUUCUCUUAUGGUACUGUACUGGGAGCUACGUUUGCCACCAUGUUUCCCGACCGGGUUGAGAGAAUUGCUCUAGACGGUGUUCUUUAUGUCCAGACAAUCGCCGAGCCUUUUUCUGUCAACAUGCUGGAGGACACCGACAAAGUAUACGGGAUGUUUUUCCGAUACUGCAUCAGAGCGGGGCCAUCUCAGUGUGCAUUCGCGAGGGAGGGUGAUGAUGUAGACAAGCUCCGUUCACGAACCGAAGGCGUCUUGCGAAGCUUGCGCGAGCACCCGUUGGUUGGCGUACAUCCAGCGACGAACACGCCCUCUAUCAUAACUUGGGACACGGUGCAAGCAGCAACGUUCGGUAUGCUCUACAGUCCCGAACUUCUUUUUCCACUGCUUGCGGUGAUCUACGAUCUUCUCUACCGGAAGGAGUUUGAGGUACUACAUGCGAGUAUGCCACAACUUCACUCACGGUCAGACCCGCAAACAUACUGUUCAACAAGGCUGCCAACUUCCUUUGAUUCUGGUGAUGCACAGACUGCCAUCCGCUGUGCAGACCAAAGAAACUACGACCGAACCAUUCGAAAAUUGGAGCAACGUUUCGACGAAAUGGCAAUCGUCUCCUCCUUUGCGGACGUCAUGAUCAAUGUAGAUUUGCCCUGUAACGGGUGGAAGAUCAGCUCUGCAAUCCAACCCAAACCUUUGUUUGACAGCGAGAUGGCGAUCAAUGCAUCUUUCCCGCUAUUGUUCAUCAGUAACAGCUUCGAUCCCAUCACGCCUUUGCGUAACGGUGUCAAUAUGGCAAGAAAGUUUACCGAUGCAGGACUCGUUGAGCAAGAGGGCGAAGGUCAUUGA